GAUCACUUGUUCAGUCGUUUAGUCAAUUAAUAUCAUGUCCAGCUCCGUCAACUUGGAGAGUUUGGUAUCUUCCUUGGUGAAGAGUGUUCCUCCCGGGGAAUUGAAGGGAGCCAAGGACGAUUUAUCGACCAUUUUAUCCGAUGACAACAGACUCAUCAACUCCUCAAUUGAACAGUACAUAAACGAAACGGGUGCUGUUGUAUCUGGGGCCUAUGUCGCAUCCAAAUACAACAAACAUCUGGGGUCCUCAAAGUACAUAGACUUUGUGGGAAGACAAUUGUUCAACGUGGACAUUGACACCCAAAAAGCCAUUGAUCUUGAAGACUAUUCGCCUACCGAAGAGUACCCUUCGUAUUUCGAUGAUUUGGUUGAACAGUUGGAACAGUAUGGAGAAGACCAUUAUCCUUCCACAUAUGCCUACACCAUUGUUCCCAAAGGCGAUGAGGUCUUUGUAAUCAUCAUUGGUCAAAGACUAAAUAACGACAAUUACUAUACGGGACAAUGGAAUUCUACGUAUGUGAUCAAGAACGGCACCAUAAAGGGAGAUAUCAAGGUUGACAUCCACUACUUUGAGGACGGGAAUGUCAGGUUGAACUACGACGAGUCUACCAGUGGUCAGAUCAGUGCUUCUGCUAAAAACAUCAUCAACUUUAUUAACAGUUCUGAGAACAAAACCACCUUGAAAAUUGUGGACAACUUCAACGAGUUGAACCAACGGUACUUCAAGAACUUGAGAAGACUUUUACCGGUGACGAGGUCCAAGAUUCACUGGGGAAAUGCCAUUGGAAACUACAGAUUGGGAUCUGAUGUCGUCAACAAACAGUAGAAAGUAUAUUAAAAUACACGUAACGGUGGAUGGUUUGUAGCAUUAUUCGUUCUACUAAUGAUCCAUGAUACUCGAGUUACUGGAGACUUUCAUUAUAAAUUAAAGUUUCAUUAUAGUGAAUUACUGAAGCCUGGUUAUGCGAAUCCUGGGCAGGUGGUAUCAAUUUACUCAUCUCAAUUUGUACAACAUCCAAACCACAAAGAAGAAAAUCAAUAUGACACCCACCGUCUUCGUCAAGCUGGAAUUUCUAUUCAUCACGGUUCGAAGUUCUCCGCUGGUUCUUUUGACCGAUAACAUCAUGCGGCCAAAGUUGUCAUUUAACAAGUUCAACAUCAGGUUCUCCUGCUGCACGUUACUUUGAAUAUCAUCAACCGUAUUUCGGAACUGUCUCAACGUCAGUGCAAGCUCGUCAAACCUCUGGUUGUUCUGCCCCUCUCUGUGAGAGUAUAAGUUAUCGGACAUUUGCUGUUUGUUUAAAGAC